AUGACCAGGUCGUCCGUCACAUCACCAGCAUGCGGUCUCCCGUCCUGGGAUAUCACAUUAGAUCUCGACGCGAGACCGCCACAUGACCCAUACCUGCAGGACCCCAGCAACCCCAACAUUGAGCGCAACAGGGACAGCGACCCAGGCAGCUCCACGACCUCAACAUGGCUCCCUCAGGGCCCGACCAAGCAGGGCUUCGUCGUCCACCCGGACCGCCCCAGCGAGCACCUGCGCUCCAAGGUCCCGCCGUCCAUCGCCGCGCACCGCGGCAGCCUGUGGGCGGUCUGGGCCGACUUUGACGACCAGCUAUGGUACAGCUCAACCGUGCCCGACGGCGUUGGCGAGGCAUUCGGGCGCCCGGAAAAGUUCCCUUACCACGAGGGCAGCGGCAAGAAUGGGGUCCCCAUGAUAGCCAACCUCAACGGCGUGCUACACGCCAUCAUCGUCUCGGCGGACACAGGUGCAAUGGCCCACUACAUCAAGGACACAGACGAUGACGGCUUCAUCCACCAAGGCCCCCUACCGGGAGGCUGCGUCGCCGCAAAGGACAGCAGGGGCAUAGCCAUCGCGGCCUUCCACAACAAGCUAUUCCUAGCAUUCAUCAGCCCGGACCAGACGCUGUCCUACACCCAGUGGGACUCCGACUCCAACGCCUGGUCACCCCCCAGCAGCAUCUGCACGAGCCCAAGGUUCCAGGGCAAGCCGGCAAUGUUCGUGCUGAACGGGGCCCUGCACGUGCUCUGCGAGGCCGCGGCCACCCCCGACAGCGGCGGCGGCGGCGACAUCCUCGGCUACAAGUACGGCUACCGCGAGUCCGGGUGGGCAUGGGACCCCACCGACGACGUGUCGGAGGGCCGGGCGACGCGCGGCGUCAGCGGCGCCUCGUACGGCGGGCACGCGUACCUGAGCUUCCUGGACGCCUCGCAGGGCGGCGCGGUGUACGUGGCGGCGCACGCGGACGGCAGCAGGUCGUGGGGCGAGCCGGAGCGGGUGGGCGGCGCGUCAGCAAAGGGCCGCUUCGCCCCCCAGGUGGCCGUCGUCAGCGGGCGGGUGCACUGCGUCUUCUCGGGGCUGUGGCGCGGCGACCUGCGGUGGUUCAGCCGGCCGGUGCUGGGGUACGACCUGGGCGGGUGGAUGGGGGCGCUGGACGGCUCGCUGUGGCUGAGCGCGCUGACGAUCCCGGGCACGCACGACAGCUGCGCGAGGAGCAACAUCCCCUACGUGCGCACGCAGUACCUGAGCGUCACGCAGCAGCUCGCGCUGGGCGUGCGGUUCCUCGACCUGCGGCUGCGGCGGCACGACGACGGGCGGCUGUACUGCUACCACGGCGGCGUGCCCAUCAACAUGCCCAGGGGCCUCUCGUUCGAGAGCGUCAUGGACGAGGUGUGGGCGUUCAUCGGGCCGAGGCCGGGAAAAAAAGCAACCGAGACGGUCCUGAUAUCCAUCAACAACGACGACAGGUCCAAGGGCCAGAAGGCCAACCCGAAGCCCUUCUACGACGCCGUCAGGGCGGCGAUCGACAGCACGCCCGCCUACGAGGACGGCUCCGGCAGCAGGUGGUACACGGCGCCCACCACGGCGAGGCUGGGCGACGUCCGCGGCAGGGCCGUGCUCCUGCGGCGGUACUACGGCGACGCGGACGUCCCGCCCGCGCAGAGGAUCGGGCUCGACCUGGAGGAGUGGGAGCAGGACAGCCCGGACUUCACCAUCGUGACGCCCAGCGGCGUGAGGGUGCGGCUGCAGGACAAGUGGCGCUACUCGCAGCGCAGCGGGCUCGAGGAGCUGGUGGCGUCCAAGAUGGGCCACGUGCGGCGGAUGAUGGAGAUCGCGGCGGGGACGCGGGCGGACGACGGCGGCGGCGGCACCCCGGGGUCGUCGUCGUCGUCGGGAGGCGGGGAGGAGCAGCCCCCCGAAAAGACGUGGUUCAUCAACUUCUGCUCCGCGGUCGGCCAGCCCGUCGAGCACGGCGAGGUCGCCGAGGCCAAGUGGAUCGCCGUCGGGGCCCACAGCAACUUGCACUUCUUUGGCCGGUGGAUCGAGGGCGUCAACGUCCGGACGAGGGACUACCUGCGCGGCCUGGACGAGGGCGCCGGCAGGGGGGGGACCAGGAGGCUCGGGGUGGUCAACCUGGAUUAUCCCGAGCUCCCCGAGGACAGCGACCUGGUGGCGCGGCUGAUCGAGACCAACUUCUGA